AUGGCGCCAGGGUGGAUCAGCAAUAUCAAUUUUUGCUUUACCGGCACCGUCGCCUCCACGUGCAGCGCCACCGCCUCGGACAACAAUUUUCGCAGGGUCUGCUACUGCGAUCCCAAGGCCACCACAACCACCAGCACUCAAACGGCAGGUGGUGGCGGUGAUCCCCACAUUUACACUCUUCGAGGUGCUCACUACUCCAUUUUGAAGGAAGGCACUUUCUUGGCUUGGAGCUUCUCCAAAGCCCAAGUGGAGUGGCAGCUUUUUGCUUGCUACGCCGGCUCGCAAUUCACAACUCAGGGCUUGCUGCUCUUGGACAAGCAUUCCGGAGUGACCAUCGAGAUGACAGCCAAAGACUGCACAUGGCGCACGAAGGAGAACUCUGGAUGGCGCAGGGUGCAUCAAGAACGCUUGUCGAAAGGAGACUCCGUCACGAGCCUUGACUUCAAGGAGCAGCCGAAUCGCACAGAGAUCCACUUGAAUAUCAAGUCCGAGACCGAGAAGGACGAAAGGAAGGUCGCAAGGGUCAUCGCUCAUUGCAGGCCCGAAGAUCAUCUGGACUUCAAACUCGUGAUGUCCGAGAAGAGUGACAUUGACCACGUGGGGGGCGAACUUGGAUCUGCCCCUCCGCAGAACCCCUCGUUCGUUUCAUCUUCGCCGCAAACAAUGAUGGAGACAAAGACCGAUGCUGAGUUUGAGGUUCACGACUCCUGGGCCAGCUUGGGUGGUAGUGAGUCUGCUGAUGCGUAUUUGACGAAGCAACGGCCACUUGGACCGUCCUUGGUCAGCAAAGCUUGCACGAAGUCUCAGGAGGAAGACGCCGAAAAGAUUUGUGCCAAGCACUUGCAGAAGGAAGGUGAUCCCUGGGUUUUUGCCGACUGUGUCUUCGAUGUCUGUCACGGAGGUGGAGAAGUGGAUGCCAUGCGCGCAGCAGCCUUGCUGGAAGCCUGA